CAUGAUCAUUAGGUAGUUGCGUGGACGUUGGUGGGCCCAGAUUUUCACACAGUCAUCAUUAUCAUUUUCAAAGAAUUAGUAUGACGAUACUGAUUGUUAUUAUACCCCAGGCUAGACUUAAUAUCUAGCUCACCUCGACUGAUUCGGGCAGCUCCUAAUCAAUUGAUCCCUGUGUUAUCUCCUGGUCUUAUCGGGCAUAACACCACCUCGGCGGAAUUCUUCUGCUACAGGCAUCGCUAUAUAUUCAGCAAGGUGUCUACGAUGGUUCAUAUUAUCAAUGUAGCGAUCAAUGGUUCUCUAACACCCGAGUCGUUGUCAUUAUCAUUGAAAACAUGACUCAAUGAUAUCUAUUUUGCCAUAUUCCGGUCGUGGAUGCAUUAAGUUUCUUGGCCCAUUAUACAUUUCUAUGGCGUCGAUAUCCUUCACCGCGCACCCCUUUCAAAGCUUGCUGUAUAAUUUGAAAUAUAAGUAUCACACCAUAGAUAGCCUGGACCCGCCACGCGGCAGAGUAUUACAUUUCUAACACGCAAAAGCCUGUUUCAUCCCUCGACUAUGAAGGACUGGGGCAUACACGCGGUCUCCAGUAAUGAAUUGCUCCUGGGGUCAUCAAGCCUACAAGCUGAGCGACGAUGUUGUCCUCCUUCCGGGUGCUGGCAAGCAAGGGGCUGAAAACUCAUGGAAGAUCGGCUUGCAGCGCUGACAGUUACAUACCCCUACGUUAGCAUCUAAUCAUAACUCGUGGCGAGCAUUGAGUCAAACAGGUGGUCUCUAGCAGUAAAUACUAUCGGCCACACGUACUGUGUCAUGUUGCGCAAUGGAUUUAUCUGCGGUCUGUUUGAUUAUAAGGAUUGGGUUUGAAUUUUCAAAUGCAUGACGGAGUGAGGUGGGGAGGC